AUGCCUCGUCAACGCCGUGGUGCCGCCCCUACUCCCGCGCGCAGCGCUCCCACCCGUCCUACCGCUGCUCCCGCCAGACCUGCUGCCGCCCCUUCUUACGGCCAGCAACAGCCUCACUCCACUGCUGCUCACCCCCAGCAGCAGCACCACGCUCCCCCUCCGGCUGCUGCCCCCGCUGCCACUCCCGCCGCUGCUCCCGUCCAGCAAAGCCAGGGCCCCGGUCUUUUCGGCCAGAUGGCCUCGACUGCUGCUGGUGUCGCCGUCGGCUCCUCCAUCGGCCACGCCAUCGGCGGAAUGUUCUUCGGCGGUGGUGGCGGCUCCAGUGCUCCCGCUGAGGCUCCCCAGCAGGCUGCGCCGGCUCCCGCUCAGCCCAUGGACAACGGUCUCUGGGCUGGAAACGCUACCAACAGCUCUUGGGAGGCGCCGGCUUGUGCCACGGAUGCGCAGAACUUCCGCAAGUGCAUGGAUGAGAACAAGGGUGAUUUGACGAUCUGUGGGUGGUACUUGGAUCAGCUGGUACGUUUCCCCGGGGUUGGUGUUGGUGAUUGUGAGUGGUUGUUGGGGGAAUAUGCUAAUGGGUAUUGUGUUUAUAGAAGGCUUGCCAGGCUGCUGCUAAGCCGUACUAAAUGGAGACUGAGUAUCGAAGGUGAUUGAUGAUGGAGGAUGAGAUGAAUGAAUUUUUUUUAUGGAUGGAUGGGCAAUAUAUGGCAUAGUGGUGGAUUAGCCCGUUAUUUCUCUCUUAUUUUAUUUUCUAUUAUCUAUUACCCCCUUGUAUAACAUAUACCACUUGAGAAGCUUACUACCCUUUUUUUUCAAUGGGUUGGCUAUGCCUGUGAUGGGCAUGCAUGGACAGGAACUAUAAAUAUAGAUAAAAAAGGAUCAUUCCACUCUUCAUGUGUUUC